AUGGCAGACUAUUCUGGAGCGGAUGCAACUGUUCAGGCAACAAAUGACAGCUCCAUUGUGAGUAAGGCAAGCACAGCAGCUGCAGGAUACUUUGAGGAUGCUUUUGUUGGUCAUGUGGCAGUGCGUGGGCCCAAAGGACGCCUCAUUCGAAGGUCGCCGUUGGUGCAUAGAUGUUACUAUGUUCGUCACUUGGGAGUCUUCCAGAUGCAGGAGACAUUUCUUCGCAGUUGUAUCUCUCCAGGAGAUCCUUACAACGUGGUGGUUUUAGGGGCUGGCUUUGACACCGGUGCUUUGAGGCGUGGCUGGCCUCAAGGACUUCGUGGUUACUUUGAAGUCGACUUUCCAGCGGUGCUGUCCCGAAAAGCAGCUCUGCUGCGGCAGGCGCAGGUCCUGAGACCUGACUGGUUGCACAGCUGUGGAGCGGAUUUGCGAGACACUGCUGAAGUGGAAGCAUCUCUGAAACAUGCAGGUGUUGAUUUCCAAGUGCCUACCCUUUUGAUUGCUGAAGUGGUUCUAGCAUACAUGGAAUACAAAGAGGGCAACGCACUCAUUGAAUGGGUCGCAAAGUCUUUUCCAAACUGCCUGUUUGGUGUCUACGAGCAAAUCGGCCCACAUGAUCCCUUCGGGAGAUUCAUGCGCAGGCACUUCAUUCAGCGCCAAUGUCCCUUGCGAGCCUUGCUUUUCGCUCCGGACCUAGAGGCUCAAAGAUCGCGCUUCCGCUCGUUCGACCGUGUGGAUGCUGCAAACAUGACUUCCAUACUUGCAGCAGCACCAAGAGACGAACUCGCUCGAGCCUUUCAAUUGGAAGCAUUCGAUGAAUUUGAGGAGUUUCACUUGAAAUGUGUGCACUAUUUUUGCCUCGCUGCCAUGUCUGGAACCUGCACCCGAGCGAAGCGACAGUGGGAAGACUCCGAGUCAAGUCACACUCUUGGAAAGUCUGUAUCCAUUUCGGCCUCUGAAGUGGGCAUUCCAAGGUUUGGCCUUGCGGCUUCGUACUCUAAUGGGCAUUUAGUGAUAUGUGGAGGGCAAGGAACUUUCAACACCACAGCAUCUGAUGCUCCCCAUGGACGUCAACAGUCAAUCAUGCACCUGAAACUUGAGACCCCAUUUGAUGGGAACUUGAGAUGCAAGGACAAGAUAUUCCAAGAAGUUGGUGAGCAUUCUUCUGCAAUGUACUGUACAUCUACCGUCGUAGACUCUCAGAUCUUUUUCUUCGGCGGCCGACUCGCUCCACAACGACCUACCGCAGCAUUGUCCAUGUGCACAAUUGCAGAAAGCUGUGAAAACUCUCCGGUUGUGAAGCAAGUCCCUCAAAGCAAUCCAUGGCCAACAGCCCGGUGGCGUCACACUGCUACGAAGAUCAACAUUGGAGGACCUGGUUUGCUGAUCCUCGGCGGAAUUGGGGAGACUGUCCUCAGCUUGGAGGAAGCCUGGUUCUUGGACACUGAGUCCUUGACUUGGCAACAUUUCUCAGUAGAACCUGCAUUGGAUGGUAGUUUUCCGGCCCCUCGGCACUCACAUGCAGCUGCACUUGGGUCUGGAGGUGUUUUGGUUUGUGGAGGCCUUGAUGCCGAGGAGCAAAUUUUGGGCGAUGCAUGGACGUUGCAUGCCGUGUUUGAUGGCUGCUUCAAACUUGCAUGGCGACGGGCUUUGUCUCCUUUGCCCCAGCCCAGGUAUGGCCACAGUUUACACGAACAUUUGGGUCAUUUCAUCGUGGUUGGGGGCAUAGAAGCAAGAUAUGGCCCUGCUCCUGUUUGUGCCUAUGGAAAGCCUCUGGACAUCCAGUGUGACGCAAUGAAAGAUGGUGGUGAGCCGGAGAUCUUUAUGUGGCACAACUUGGCAUCAGUCUUGUUGGAAGGCACGGGGUACCUUCUCGUCAUUGGGGGAGGAGGCAACUGCUUUUCCUUUGGAACGCACCUGAACCAAUCAGCUCGACUGUUGACCUUGCUGGCUGCCUAUGGUUUGCAGUCUGCCUCGCAAAAGUCAAGUGUGCUGGGGAAGUUUGCAAGGCAUACACUCACCAUUCCGCUUGUGGUGGAAACAUCUGGCAGCGCUGCUGACAGGCUGAAGACCCCACAGGAAGCGAGCACAGCAACUGAUGCAUGGAACGAGCAGAUUGCCACAUUUAGAGCCGGCGCCAUGGCAAUUCAUCUUCAUAUAGAGCACCAAUUUGCAUCACCUGGGGUGCCACGAGCAUUGGCUGAAAAGAUGCCUGAAGAGCUGUACGGGCACCUGCCGUUUGCAGAGUACCAAAUUCUGAAGACUCGUAUCGAUGGAGAGUUCCGAAGUCUUGCUGCAGCAUCAGUUCAACUCAAUCCCAUGAGACUAAUACUCUAUGGCGCACAGCUGUGCAUCAUUUUGGCCAUUGUGGUCAUGGCAAUAGUAGACAUUUUCUUCUUGGAGGAGAGAUGGAUUGGUCUAUACAUCAUCGAAGUAUGCAUGGUUCUUUGUGGUACUGGCAUAGUAGCCCUUGGCUUGUUCUACUUGCAGAAGCGUCUGACGUUGGCAGCUUUGCUGGCAGAAGACAGGCUGAAGCUGCUGCUUGCUCAGCAGAUGGGAAGCUGCCCCAUGACAUUUCAGCUGACAGUCCAUCCACGAGUUCGGCAUCCGCCAAUCUAUGGAAUCACAGCAGUGCCAUUGUGUAUGCCUUUUGCGGCCUUUGAGCCGACUUGUCCACCAAUGCCCCCUGAUACAUUGCCCAAUGUGGUGGAGACGAAAGGGAACCCGAACUUUCAGAUGUGCUUUGUUGCUCAGACGAGACGGCCCACCCGUCGUUCUCAAUCUCUCAAUCUCACAGGAGUGGACAAGAACGAUAGCUUCAAGGAGGACGAGAAAUGGCUUCCGCCUGAUAUGGAAGCCACAACUCCAAUGCUAUUGAGGCAUCAAGAGAAAGUACGGCACCAACGCUUCAGUCGGAAAAAGACCUUGGACUUCCUGGAGAGAGUGCUACAAAUGCGGAUGCGAGAGGGAGACAAUGUGCUGAGCAGACCGUAUUUGGAGACCAUGAUGGAGGUUCUCAAUCAGGAGCUUGGAGAAGAAGCAUCAUGCUUUGGGAUCAAUAUUCUGGCCAGUGUGCGACGGUACGCAGCAGAGCCGGACUUCUUGAGCUUCCUGCCAUGA